GCCCCAGGCCCCCUGCUCCAUUUCCUCCACCCCACCCCGCACCUACGACCUUCCCGAGUUCCUCGGGGGCACCUCUGUGCCAGCGCUUGACUUCUCUUCCAGGUGUCUCCUUAUCACUCGUUAGUGCAUCUUUCAGGGUAGGGCCCGAAUUGCAGCCCCAGCUUUUUGCCUGACCUUGGGUGUGACACUCAGGUCUCCGAGCCACUGUUUUCUCCUUUAAUAACUAACAACGGGGUUGCUGUUGGAGUCAGAAGAGUGGCAGUAAAUCCUGUGUAAGCUGUAAGGAGUAGUUUAUAGGCGUGCGUUACAGUGGACUUCCUCUAACGUCGCCCAUGGCUUCUCGAAUGAAUGCGCCUGUUCUUCCCUCCCUUAUCCUAUCACAUAGGACAGUAUGCGCACCUUAAGGUCCUGAAGAAAAGGCACAAAAUGUUCAAGUGAUGUCUAAAAAUAAUUUGUGAGGGAGACCAUGCCGUCAUCAGGACACCGGCUGCGGGACGUCGAACAUCACCCUCUCCUGACCGAAAAUGACACCUACGACUCUGCUUCCUCCUCUUCUUCCGAGGCCGACGUGGCCGACAGGGUCUGGUUCAUCCGCGACGGCUGCGGCAUGAUCUGUGCUGUCGUGACGUGGCUGCUGGUCGUGUACGCGGACUUCGUGGUGACGUUUGUCAUGCUGCUGCCUUCCGAAGACUUCUGGUACUCCGUGGUCAACGGGGUCGUUUUUAACUGCCUGGCGGUGCUUGCCCUGUCCUCUCACUUGAGGACCAUGCUCACCGACCCCGGGGCAGUACCCAAAGGGAAUGCUACUAAAGAAUACAUGGCGAGUUUGCAGCUGAAGCCUGGAGAAGUGAUCUACAAGUGCCCCAAGUGCUGCUGUGUCAAGCCCGAGCGCGCCCACCACUGCAGUAUUUGCAAAAGAUGUAUUCGGAAAAUGGAUCACCACUGCCCUUGGGUGAACAACUGUGUCGGAGAAAAGAAUCAGAGAUUUUUCGUGCUCUUCACUAUGUACGUCGCGCUGGCGUCCGUGCACGCGCUCGUGCUCUGCGGGCUGCAGUUCGUCGCCUGCGUCCGAGGGCAGUGGACUGAAUGCAGUGAUUUUUCACCUCCAGUCACUGUAAUCCUGUUGAUCUUCCUGUGCCUUGAGGGGCUGCUGUUUUUCACUUUCACCGCGGUGAUGUUCGGCACCCAGAUCCACUCCAUAUGCAACGAUGAAACGGAGAUUGAGAGGCUGAAGAGCGAGAAGCCGACGUGGGAGCGGAGGCUGCGGUGGGAAGGGAUGAAGUCUGUCUUUGGGGGCCCCCCCUCGCUGCUCUGGAUGAACCCCUUCGUCGGCUUCCGAUUCAGGCGACUGCAGACGAGACCUAGGAAAGGGGGCCCCGAGUUCUCGGUGUGAGGCGCCCUCAUCGUGCUGGGACUUGUUCACGGACUUUAUUUGGGGUCGGAAAGGGUAUCAGCAGCUCAUCUGUGACCAGCAGGGCAAGUGGAGACCAGUAGCUUGCAGCAAGCAGCGUUUCAUACGUUUACGGUCACAGAGGGCGGAGUUCCCACGCUAACUGGGUGGCGCGCCGAUCCGUGUCACCGUCCAGUAACGAAGGGAUGUGGCCGCACGAAGAAGCCAAAUGUCACUAUCUUCCUGCAGAGUUAGGAGUUUUGUUAACAUACUUGGCAUUUUUAAAGAAGUUUCGUGGGUUGUACACGGGUUGUUAAAAUCCUGUGUGCCGAGCUGCUUUUGUCAGUCAUGAAGGAAACGAGCCAAGCCAGUGGCCAGGAAUUCUGCGGCUGGUGGCUUCGGGGAGCUCCCGCUGGCCCCGUGAUUCCCGAGGGCCCACUUAGGUCCAGGAGGGGCCUGGAUGCAGGAGCCGCAGGCGCUGCACGGAGCAGCAGGGCUGCAGGUUUGCUCCCCUCCCGGGGCCGGUGGGCCCUGACCCCGUGGGCAAGUCCACGCGUGUCUGUGUGUGUGCGUGCACGUGUGUUUUAAAGUGGGCCGUGUUGUUCAGGCAACAUAACACGUUAUGGGCGUGUGCCACAGACAAGCUAUUUUUUAGAAACCGAGUUUCAGGGAAGAGGGGAGAGCUGCGUGGGGUCCUCCCUCCCGUGGGGUUUACUUGAAUGUACUGCAUAUGGAGAAUAUCUCAAUCCAAAGAACAAUCUUUCCUGUGUGGUCUUCUGUUGCCCUCCUGUUUUAAUUUUCUUUUGAAAUCCUGAGCGCGGGAGAGGGCUUUGGCACUGACCUGUCUGGUUCCGGCCAAACGAGCAGCGUGUAAACGGCGCCUCCGUGAGAGGAGAGCAGCGUCUGCGGCGGCCCGGUACCUGCAGCCCGACGCUCGCGCAGCUGGCCGUGCGGGGGGCGCGCGCGCGGCCCUGAUGAGGUGAGGGGGCCGCGAGGCAGGGGCCCCUGGGCCCCGUGGGCCUCGCUUGCAGACAGUAUUCUGGAUGGCGACAGCUUGAUUUUUCAGUUUUUACCUUUUUGGGGUAUCAUUUUGUUUCUUUACCCACGUCACAAGCGAUAAAAUAGGACCCUUGGUGCAGAGCUUAAAAUUAUGCCAGAAAGCAAACAGCUCCCCUGCCUGGGGACUCGCCUUAAACUUGCCUGGUUUGUCGGUGUUUCGCGGGACUGAGGAGGAAGCCAUC